CGGGUCGGAGGGACGCGCGUGUUUUUGUUUUUUGGGGAUGUUUGGACUAAACACCGUGAUCGCUGUUAUCCGGCAAACAAGGAUACAUUUCACAGGAGUCGGGUCCAUCCUGUGACUGGCUGGCUGGCUGCACUGAGAUCAGCUGCAUGUCGACGGAUAUAGCUUUAAAAAAAAAACAAAAAAAACGCGAGGAACAACCUGAACUCCGUGUUUUUAAAUAUUUUUCUUGCGUGUUUGUUUUGCGUCUUUUUUAUUCUAAGGUGUUGACAGCAGCUGUUUGACAGCACGCUGACUUCUUUAGGCUCGGUAUGUCGGAUGAAGAUUCCCGUGCCAGCACCAGCUCUUCCUCCUCUUCAUCUUCAACUCAUCAUCACCAUCAUCAGCAACAGCAGCAGCAGCAACAACAGCAACAACAGCAACAGGACGGAAACCCUUCAAAGAAACGAGAAAGCAAAGCCAGCAUGAGCAAGACCUCCAAACUCCUCUCUACUAGUGCGAAAAGAAUUCAGAAGGAAUUGGCUGACAUCACAUUGGAUCCUCCACCAAACUGCAGUGCUGGCCCGAAAGGAGACAACAUCUAUGAGUGGAGGUCGACCAUCCUGGGCCCUCCAGGCUCCGUGUACGAGGGAGGAGUGUUUUUCCUGGACAUCGCCUUCACACCAGACUACCCCUUCAAACCACCCAAGGUGACGUUCCGUACGAGGAUCUACCACUGUAACAUCAACAGUCAGGGGGUGAUCUGUCUGGACAUCCUGAAGGACAACUGGAGUCCUGCCCUCACCAUCUCCAAGGUCCUACUGUCCAUCUGCUCCCUGCUCACUGACUGCAACCCUGCUGACCCUCUGGUCGGAAGCAUCGCCACACAGUACACAACGAACAGACCCGAACACGACAGGAUAGCCAAACAGUGGACCAAACGCUACGCCACAUAAUCGCCAGAGGAGCUGCUGCUGCUGCUGCUGCUGGUGGUUGGACGACUUGUGGGGAUGUAGGGGAGGGCAUCGACUGGGGGCGAGCGGGAGUGGGUGAGGAUGGGGGUGAGGGUGUCGUAGCUCCAAGCGGAGGAUGGAGGCGGGGCGGGUGGAUUUUUAUCUCGGUAUUGAAGUCUUAACUCCCGACAUUUUGUUGUUUAUUGUGUUUUUUUUGUUGUUUUUUUAAGUUAUCUGCGCCCCCAACUAUAAUCAGAUCCGGCAAUAAUGCAUUUAUUGUUUUUCCUCUUUUUGAAUUUUUAGCUUGUGCUUGACGAUGGACGAUAAUACUAAAAAAACGCUAGAUGAAAUGUGUCACAGCAUGAUUCCCAGUCAGUUAUGUCGGUGUAAAAUUCUCACAUGUAUUAAGUUCCAGUUGGUGUUUGCUCCCCCCCCUCCUCCUCUGAACUCCUGGUCUUUUGAGAAGGUGUUUUUACACACGUAGACAUGUUUAGCCAUGGAUGGAUAUUGGUUGUGAUUUGUGUUCUGUACUGAUAAAAAGCUGUUCUGUUACUCCCUUUAAGAAUUAAACAUGACCGACUGGAA